AUGAAAUUCUUUACAGUUCCUGCUUUUUUAAUCAUCAGUUUAUCAUUUGUCUCAUCAUACGUAUUCAGUCCAGACAAUCGUAAUGAUGAAAAAUUCGAAUGGGGUUAUCUUGGUUCCGACGGUCCUGCUCAUUGGUAUCAAGUUAACGAAACUUGUAAAGGCAUUUAUCAACAAACCCCUAUAGAUCUGAAACUUGAAGAUUUUGAUAACUCUACUAAAAUUAAGUUAGAUGUAGCCAAGGAAACUGAAUUAAUUCUCUUAAAUAAUGGUCAUGCUUAUCAAGUUCAACGCCUUAAGGGUAAUAUCAAGAAACCAGCAUUGAAUUAUGGUACAACUUUGAAAGUUGGUG